AUGAAACCAAAGUGUUUUCUUUUCCUGGUUCUGCUGGGUUUUGGCAGAUUAGGUCUCACCGUGUCUUCUUUUGAUGAGUCAAACGUCAAGAGUUACCAUGUGGAGAGGAGGCCGGGUAGCAAUCCAGACCUGUUUGUUGUAGAGUUGAAAAGUGGCAGUCAAUGUGAUAUCUGCACUUCCAUGAAGGCCCAUUUUCACAGAGACAUUCCUUGUACUUGUACUUGUCCAUCAGACUAUUCUACAUUUCUUCCGUCGUUGAGAAAUUGCAUAAGCCAAAGCCACUUGCCCGCAAAUUUUACAGGUGAUGUCAAAGUCAAUAUUCACUUUAGGCUCAGCCUGCAUGUCCAUACUGGGUUUUCGUCGGGGGUGGGGGUGGAGGGGGGUGGAGGUGGGUUUUAGGAAAGAAGGACUUGUGAUUUUGACAUGCUUCAGUCAAUAAGCACCCUAAAACUGGGUGCACAUUUCAUCCAGACCCCAUAUCAUUCUUGAUAAACUGUAAUUUUCCUAGCCAGAGCUGAUGAUUCUUUGAAGAAUUGCAUCAUUUCUGUGAUGACCACUCUCAUCUUCAUUUAUUAAUCCACAGUUAGUAUAUAUAGUAUUCUUGUAUCCACAGUCGUUAAUUGUAAUCUUCAUUUAAGGAGAGGUUUGUUCAGAUAAAAUUGCUUACUUAGCUUGUUUUCUUUCUACUGAAUAAGGCCAGUCUGUGAUUGGACAACUACAGGCAUGGACAAUUUUUUCUUUGAGAAAGCAGAGUAAAUUUUCAAAUUAUAACCCACAAGUGUAAAACAUACUAAAUAGAUUUGAGCACCACUAUUCCUUUGUUUUAAUACACACCUCACCUCUAUGGUAAAAGUGACAUGUGAAAGUGCACAGGCUAAUAUUAGGACUAGUAACUAUAUGGGAAUUGCAUGCUGUAAGUAAGAAACUAGUAAUUAGCUGCAUUAUGGUAGUUUCAGCUAUUUUUAGAAAGGUCUGAUAUCUUUUUAUUGUUUUUUCUGUCCUUAGAUUGUCCAAAUCAGAAAUAUGAAAAGAUAGACGGUAAAGACCUCUUGAAAUUCCCAGUAAACCUUCAAAUCAACAAAAAGGAGGAAACAACUGUCAGUUCAGUGGAUUACAACUGCAGCCUCUAUGGCUACUAUUUGGACUACAGUGGUUUUGAAGUUAGAUGGAAAAACAUUACUGAUGGAGUCUUCGAUCUAACAAAGGAAAAUGAUCCCAACAACAAAUUUAGCAUUCAGGUAACAAAACUUGUCUUAAUACAAGUCAGGGUUUCUUCUAAGUCGUGCAUGACAUCUUUCUGAAUAGCUUUUAGUUAUUGACAAGAGUCCCUUGCCUCCCAACUGAUUAUGUAAAUGGCUGGUGCCUGUAUGGUGAUUAUAGACAUAAUUGAAGUCACAUUAGUCCUCAGUUUAGUUUUUUAUUCAUGAAUUCUCUCUCUUUUUUUUUUUCAAGAGCUUGUUUGGUAACAAGAUAGGCAAAACAUGCCAGUUUUGAAAAGAAAUUAUGAAAUGAACAAAGUGUAAAUUAGGCCGUUUUACAGCAGUAAGGUUAAACACGUGUUGAUACUGCAAUUUCUUCAUGUUGGUGGUUGGUAACCCACUUUCUAUACAUCACAAAAAAAUCCCUUUGUCAUACAAAUGCAUAUAUACAAGUGCAAAUGCACUUUCUAUACAUCAUAAAAAAAUUCCUUUGUCACACAAAUGCACAUGUACUGUAAUGGUAAGCUAAAAACAUAGAAACAAGCAACUGUAAACAGGGGGACAAUGUUGUUUGUUUGAAGCAUAAUUAUGACUGCAUGUAAACUGACCUUGCAUUUUGCAUCCAGUAUCAUUCAGUGGUCAAAUCAUUUGUCAAGUUUAUUUUAUUUAAAAAUGAAACUGAAUGAUUUUGUACUCACAUAUUACAAAUUAGCGGCAACUUAGAAUUUCACCCCUUCAAUUUUAAUGUUCUUCUUUCAGGGGGAAGACAAGGAUGGAAAAUUGUCUGGAAUGAUCAUCUAUCUUAAAUUGACUUGUGUCAGACAAAACCAUGAAAGCACAGAAAAGUGCUAUCUUCUUAAGGCAUUAGGAAAUGUAACUUGUAAGUCAAACUUAACUUUUUUUUUAUUCAAUAUUUAUAUUUUUUUACCUCUGGAUUAUUUCCUUGUCAUGUAUUCAGAAAUUUUGCUGAUUUUCAUGGUUCCCUAAUAAGCCUGGUUCAUAUAUUCCAGACUGGUUCUUGAAAGCACAGGGUUCUUGAAAGCACAAUGACUCUAGAAGAAGGAACAUACUGUUUAGCAGCCAUCAGUCAAUUGCGGCAAUGCAAACACAUAACAGUAUUGCAUUGUUUUAUGGGUCAGUCGAUGAUGUCAAUUGGCCAGUAUAAAGAGUUUCUAAAGCCGACAUUUUGAAUGGUGCUCUGACGAAGGGCUAAUAUUUGAAACAUCAGCUAUUAAAACUCUUCAUGGUGGCCAUUUUACAUCAUCAACUCAAUUGAUAAUCAAAUUAUCAUGUAAUACCCCCACCAAUGCAACGUCACAGUUUUCUUUAAUUAGAAACUAACCCCCUUUAUUCAUGAUAGUAUUUAGACAGGCACACACUAAAAUAAAUGCUCUUAGUGCAUAUUUUAGAAAAAUAAAACAUUUCCAGCUGUAAAGUUCAGCUCAUUGCUUUAUUUGUAAUAUUUAAUAGCUAAAAGGUGAGAGAGUGAAAUGAAAAUUUUGUUUUUUUACUUAUCUUUCCAGAUUAUGCCCCAUCGACAUCAAGCUCAGGAUCUUUCAUUACUGUUCCAACUGCAGUGAGUUCUCCCAAUCCAUCAUCUAUGUUUGCAUUUUCACCAUCACCACAAUUAUCUCAAUCAAUGCAAACAUUCUCCCAGUCAUUAUCCCCACAACCAACCACUUCCCCAUCACCUUCUCCUUCAUUGGAUGCAACCACAAGAAGUCCAACAAAACACAUAGGCAAAUUUUCAACAUUUGUAUCAAAACAUGUGGAAACCAGUUCACUUCAAACAAGGCCAGUCUUACAUUCAGCUGGACCAAUUCUGCCAUCAACAUCAACAGCAGAACUUGAAAGCUUCUUACCAGUCAGUUCAGAGGAAAUUUCUAAUCAUGUGAUAAACACAGGGAUCCCAAAAUCUUCAGCUAGCACAGUGGAACCAAAUUAUAGCGAACCAUCAGAAGUAGGUUUUCUGUUUGAGGAACAGUUGUUGGUUCUGUAAGUGUUAAUGUUAAGAGGGUGCAUUGUUGCCAUUAUGUAUGAUACUAUGAAACCAUGAUUAUAAUCAUUAUGGAGCCUAGAAGUUAAAUGUGCGACAAUAUUGAUUAACAUGACUCCUCACCCUGAAGAAUAUGUGUUUGGGAAAUCUAUAAUUAUUUGUAGAUUAAAAGUAAUAUACAUUUAAUUGUGAAGUCUUUUAAAGGACAAAUUUGAUAAUUAUUUAAAAUUUUGUUUUACUUUCUCAUGCUCCAAGUUACCAACCACUGAGGCAAGUCUUCCUCCUGUGGAUGGUCCAGGAGACAAAGAGGCAAGAAAAAGUGGAAAAGACAAAGGAGUAGCAAUUGGUGCAGGAGUUGGUGUUGCUGUUGUUUUUGGGAUUAUUGUCAUAGGGUUGAUCACUGUAUUUUGCAGGAGAAGAAGGUCAGCCAGGUAAGCUACUUCAACAGAAAUUGAUAAAUAUUUUACAGCAGCUACAAAAAAAUGUUCUAAAAGAAAUUACAGAGCUUGCAGAUAUCAUUUGUUUUGACUUGUGUCAUAAAUUACAUUUUGUUGUGUGAGAGAGAAUGUAAAUGUUUAUAAUUUGGAUAAUACAGUCAACAAGAGAGAGCUUACUUAUAGCCUUGUGUUCUUGUAAUGAUCAUAGUUUUGAAUUGUAAUCUGGAUUUGUUUUACAGGGAAAGUACAGAAAAGAAAGCAAAACUACAUGUAGGAGGUAAGGUUUUGUAUCAACUCUUUACACCCUAACAUCAAUAUGCAUAUUCUCUGUACUGUUCUCCAUACAUUUCCUAGGGUGUUGACAAAGAGAAUUUGUUCAACCCUUUAACUCCUAUUGGUGACCAAGACAGAAUUUCUCCUUACAAUAUCAAUACAAUAUCAAACAGACAAGUGAUGAGCACAAAGAAAAAUAUAAAUUUGGGGGAUUAUUAGUUGAUCUAAUACCAAAUUCUCCAAACUAACAUCACAAGAACUAUAUAGCAGACAGUAAGGAGAAUCACUAAUGAGAUCUUGGGAGUUAAAGGUUAACAAUCAAGAGUCUUCAGCUGGUGAUCAUUUCCUUCAUUCUCCUGAUCUUAAUGUGUGAUUCAAGGGUGAUAUAUAUUGUAAGGAGAAAUUAGAUGUUUGUCAUUCUUAGGGGUCAAAGGGUUAAGGGUAAAAUUAACUUGUUGGAACGCUGGUACACUAUUAGACCCUCCUUGUGUCUCAGGUGGAUUGAUCAAAAUAUUUAGAAAGUGAUCACUGCUGUCUUUUUACUCACAUUUAUUAGCCAAAAACUGCAUUAUGUGUCUAUGAAUCUAAAGACCAAUUAGGGCUCAAGAUGUAUAAUAUUAUAAUACUGUGCAUCAAAUUAUUUUGACUGUAUACAAUCAUGUUGUAGCCACAUUAUUGAAUGACUGUUCAGUAUAGAAUACAAAGUGAAUCUCCUAUCACAAUUUAAGAUCAUAGUAAAAGCUAGUUUUGUUAAUGAAGUAAUAGUUGCAAUUACUUUAUUUAAAAUUUUAAUCCUAGUUAAGAACCCAGUGUAUGAGAAACCUCAAGAUGACAUUAAAAUGGAAAGACCAAGAGAGAAAGCCACAACUUUCAGCAAACAAGACAGUCAACCAACAUACUUGGAACUUGUUGACAACAAAGGUGAGUUGGUCAGACAGUAAUAAUUUGUAGAAUGGCAUGAAAUGAUUAUAGUAUUUUAUUGAUUAAUAAUAGUUGCAUUAAUGGUUGAAUUGAAUCCCAUGCUCUGAUUGGCUAUCCAAGUGGGUAAGUUGAGCCCAUCUCACCUGUUUGGGAGUGCCUGCUUUGAUUCCAUGCAAGAAAAAAAAUUUGUGGAGUUGACUUACAAAGUGCUUAUUAAGUUUUGGACAAUGUCAUCAAUGGAAUUGUCAGAAAAAAAAUACUUGGGCCAAUAUCCAGCCAUCUUGAUCUCAUGCUUGCAGAUUAGUAAGGCAGGUAUUCCACAAAUGGCAGGCUUUAAAAUUAAUAUGAGGAAGAAAUAGCACAGGCAUACAAAAUCUAACAGGAGAAUCCCCUGAUCUCCAAUGACUGUUAAACACCCUGGAAUCUAUUCAGAAUAAUUCUCUUAACUUUUAUUUAUCAUAUUUUUCCAUUUCUGCAGUAGGACAUGAAAAUUACGGAGCUGUAUACAGUACUGCAGAUGAAAAUUAUGACAAUUCAUCUGUUUACCAAAGUCUGGACAAGAAUACACCUGCAGCACCACCAGUUUACCAAAGUUUACAGAACAACCAGCCUUCCACCAAGAAACCAAUACCAAAACAGAAACAAAGCAAUGCAAAAAACCCUGGAAAACCCAGUGUACCCCCAGACCCUGUGUAUAGUGUCCUUGAGGAGUCUCACAUCAAACAAGGAAAUACAUCAGAGGCAAUAUAUAAUGUACUGGAAGGGCCAGAUCCUGGACAAGAUACUCCAGGGAACAUUCAGGACCCUGUUUACAAUGUGCUGGAUGGGCCUGGUGCAGGACAGACAGAUGAGGCCCCAGAUGUUGGUGUUCAACAGGAUCCACUGUAUAAUGUGCUUGAGGUGCCUGAAUCCAAACAAGAACAUCAGGAACCACUAUAUAAUGUGCUUGAAAGUGCAGGUACUGAAAAUGCCCCUUCCAGACAGCAUGGCCCCUCUGAUGGUGCAACCAAUGAGCCCCUAUAUAAUGUUCUUGAUGGGGCAGAUUCAAGUGAUGCAGAAUAUGCUGCUCCCAAUAGACCCCUGUCUGCUGAUGUUCAUGACAACCCAGCCUAUGGGCAGACCCUUGAAUUUGGUGCACCACAUGUAUUGGUGGACAGCCCAGGGUCUCAGAGAGAAUCUUUGUAUGAGCCCCUGAAAGGGUCUGAUAGGCAAGAUGUUUAUGAGCCCCUUCACAAAAAGGGGAAAUGAAUAGUACCAAGGAUGUGGACCUUGAGUUGAAAACAAAGUAAACAGAAGUUGGUUGCGAUUUAGGGGCCUAGGAGCCCUCCAUCGAAAUUAAAGUCAAUAUUGACUCUCAAUUGUCGUUAUGUUAGCCAUUAAAUCAACAGAGGCAAUGGGAGUGUAGGAAUAAAACUCAAUUCUAUACACUAACUUGUAAUUAAAAUUUAUAUCUCUUUCUGACAGUGUGCAAUUGCAUAUAUAGUGUCACAGGGCAAGUUACAAGUGAAAUAUUUUAUAAAGUAUUUUAAAAUGUGUAUUUUUGUAACAAAGGAUGUAGACAUUUGCUGCCAAGCAGAAUUCAAGAACACUAUUUUUUUACUGAAACUUUUUGAAUGACUACAAUUCUGUAGGUUAUGAAGCAAAAAAUAAUUUUGCUCCUAAUUGUUUUAGUACUUAUCAAUGGUUAUCACCCAAAUCGAAAUAAUUUUGCCCUGUAAAAUACAGUAUUCAUACCUCAGAAGAAUUUAUGAAUAGUUUUUGUUACUGUAAGAAUUUGUUUAAAAAAAUAAAUACCCCAAGUUAACUUGAAAAAAACGGAAUUGAGAUCUAGAGUUUUUCUUUUUUUACAAAAUUGCAAAAAAAAUGUGAAAGUUAAUUCUUUAACUCCUGUGAGUGAUCAAGAUAAUCUCUCCUUACUAUAUCUAUACAAUAUCAUACAGGCAAGUGAUGAGAAUAAAGAAAAAUAUCAAUGGGAUUACUAAAUGAUCCCAUACCAAGUUCUCCAAACUAACAUAAGGAGAAUCGUUUGGCAGACAGUAAGGAGAAUUACAAAUGAGAUCUUGGAAGUCAAAGGGUCAAGAGUCCAACAUUGGAGAAACAGAAUAGUGAGGAAAACAGGUGACAAAAAGAAAAAUCAGGAGUGAGAAAUAUGUUUCAUUUGAUGUAAUAAAUGAUAGAGAAAUGCAAAACAAUGAAUGUUAUUUUGUACAUAAUUGAUCAGCACUGAUGACAUAACAGGG